UUUCCUGUAGCAAGGCGUAACAGUGGCGAGCUAGUAAGUAAGUGGUAGCACUAGCUGCAGAAAUUUGACAUUUCAUUGUUGACGUUCAACCUUUUCGAUGGCAAACAUGGCUGAGCUGGAGAGAUCCGAGAGAUCCGAUGGAAAGAUUGUGAAAAUGGAAGUUGAUUACAGUUCUACUGUAGAACAACGCAUUCCCGAGUGCGAGAAAAUGGCAAAAGAGGGCAGACUGCAGGAGGCCAUUGAGAGCUUGUUGUCUCUGGAAAAGCAAACACGAACGGCGUCGGACAUGGUGUCUACUUCUAGAAUCCUGGUUACAGUGGUGCAGAUGUGCCAUGAUGCCAAGGACUGGGAUGCUCUGAACGAGAACAUCAUGCUUCUCUCCAAGAGGAGGAGUCAGCUCAAACAGGCUGUUGCAAAGAUGGUUCAGGAAUGUUACAAGUAUGUGGACGAAGUGACUGAUCUCCCAAUCAAAUUAAGGCUCAUUGACACGCUACGCACUGUGACUGCCGGCAAGAUCUAUGUGGAGAUUGAGCGAGCCAGGCUGACACGGACCUUAGCCAACAUCAAGGAGAAGAGUGGAGAGGUCACAGAGGCAGCUGCGAUUCUUCAGGAGCUGCAGGUCGAGACGUACGGCUCCAUGGAGAAGAAGGAGAAGGUGGAGUUCAUCCUGGAACAGAUGAGACUGUGCAUCGCGGUCAAAGACUACAUCCGCACCCAGAUCAUCAGCAAGAAGAUCAACACCAAGUUCUUCACGGAGGACGGCACCGAGGAGUCCAAGCUGAAGUACUACAACCUGAUGAUCCAGGUGGACCUACAUGAAGGCUCCUACGUGUCCAUCUGCAAACAUUACCGGGCCAUUUACGACACCCCCUGCAUCCUGGAGGACAACUCCAAGUGGCAACAGGCUCUGAAGAGCGUGGUUCUGUACGUGAUCCUGGCGCCGUACGACAACGAACAGUCCGACCUGGUGCACAGAAUCAACGCUGACAAGAAAUUGGAAGAAAUCCCCAAAUACAAGGACCUCCUGAAGCAGUUCACCACCAUGGAGCUGAUGCGCUGGGCCGCCUUGGUGGAGGAUUAUGGGAAAGAGCUGAGGGAGGGCUCCCCCGACAGCCCGGCCACCGACGUCUUCGACUGCACAGAGGAGGGGGAGAAGAGGUGGAAGGACCUCAAGAAUCGCGUGGUGGAACAUAACAUAAGAAUUAUGGCCAAGUAUUACACCAGGAUCACAAUGAAGAGGAUGGCAGGGCUUCUCGACCUCUCCAUUGACGAGUCUGAAGAGUUCCUCUCUAACCUGGUUGUCAACAAGACCAUUUACGCAAAGGUGGACCGGCUAGCCGGCAUUAUCAACUUCCAGAGACCCAAGGACCCCAACGACCUCCUGAAUGACUGGUCUCACAAACUCAACUCCCUCAUGUCCCUGGUCAACAAAACCACACAUCUCAUCGCCAAAGAGGAGAUGAUCCACAAUCUGCAGUAAACGCAAAACCAAGAGCAUUGUUUUUUUCUCAUUUUUGUUUUGUUUUUUCAAUAAACAAUAAUAGUGAACUGUGCAUUAAACAUGAUUCCCACUGCAACUUCAGCCAUCACUGUUGGAGUUUUAAAUACCACCACACUUAGUUACUUUUUUUUGUUCUUAAAAGCUGCAAAGUUGGAACCAUUACUGUAUACAAGUCACCAUUGUUUUAUUGACAGAAUGCAAUGCCAUCUGCAUGUACUAGUUGAACAUAAAUGAUGGCCCUUUAUAUGAAGUGUUCUCAUUUCUACAAAAAGGCGUAUAUCCUUUCAAGAUUCUGUAUCACAAAUUCAUUUUCUUGUUCCAGCUACCUUUUAUUUCAUGUAACUGUUGUAGGGAUUUUAAUUUAGAGCAGCAUCAUAUCUUGCUGAAAUAAAGAAAAAAAAACUUUUUUAUGUCUACUUUAAAAUGUAACAUUAAAGCGUUCUAACCUGGAGAAAACGUCUGUGUU